UGUUAGGGGAGUUGAGUGACGUUAAUGGCGGGAGGAAGACGUGUGGAGCUCUGCUGCCAUUAAACAGUAAACGACGUGAUUGUAUCAAGACCCACUAGGCGAUAGUCCCUACUAGCCAGGUGGUUGCCCAUACUAACGAGGUGUUUGCACCAAGACUUGCCAUUAUGGAUGUGAUCUCAGAGAGGAUUGAGAAUGACCCUAGUGCUUGCCAGCCCACUGGUGGUCAACUGCCUUCUACUGCCACAGUUACGCCGCACAAAUUUAUACAACAUAACAUCUGUGACCGCAAAUUUGUUCUUAGUACGUUGCUUCCCGCGGCAUCUAGCACUCCCAGCGUCAAUUACCAGAAUAGGUCUCGGGCAAUCAACCCACUUCUUAAUGAAACGUUUUCGUUUCAGGAUCCAGAUGGAAAUUUAGUGACUAGGAGUCCGGUUCCUUUAAUUAGUUCGCCUUUGGAAAAGGAAACCCCAGAGUGCUCGAGAAUAAUGAAGAAAACUCUCCCAAUUCACUCAGAAUGUGGUAAAAAUAUUUCUAACCCUGAUCUCACUUCUGCGUGUCACGCUUCUAACAUUGUAAAUAAUGAAAUAGUUUUUAAAGACUUCUCUAAUAGAGCAAGUUGUUCCAAAGAUGAUUUGGUAAGUAGAGUAGAGACUGCAGAGUUUUCACGACCCGAGAGUACUGAAGCUUUGAAUACUACAGUGGAUGAGAGUAGCAUGGACGCUCCUCAUGCAGUACAGGACUCCAUGAACAGUACGUUUAUAGUCGAUACAACACAGCGGGUGAAAAUUGGCGAGAGUUUUCUUCACGAUGUGUCUGAGUUCUGCGUGUUUGAAGACGCCAUACCAGAGAAGCCAAGCGUUGACGCUCAAGAAACGGGGAAAAGGGAUAACUCUUCCUUGGCGGACGAUUCUGCCUUGGAAGGUCAUUCCUUAGAUCACUCCGAAGGGGAUUUGAGUAGAGCAAAGAUUACAGAGUUUUCACGACAGGAGCGCACUAAAACUUUAAAUGCUACGAUGCAUGAGAGUAGAAUGCCUGCUCGUGCAAUAAAGAACUCCAUGAACAGUACCUUUACAGUUGAAACUACACAGCUUGUCAACAUCAGCGAGAGUUAUCUACACGAUGACUUAGAGCUCUCAGUGUCUGAAGACAUGCCUGAGAAGCCAGCUUUUGACGCUCUGGAAACUUGGAAGUUUGACCACUCUUCCUUUGAGGAUUACUCCUUGGACCACGACAGUGUCGUGGAUGAUUCCUUGCCCGGGUUCACACCUAUUGAGUAUUCAGACGUUAGAAAUUGCUAUGAUGAUAGUAAUGGCCUUUUAGAAGAUAUAAGUGAUAGUAUACUAAAUUAUUCUGGAACUAGUUCAUUAAGUAACGAGAAUACAGAGGAAAUGCCUGUAGGUGAUUGCAUACCAGACCCUGAUGAUGAUGAUUAUGACACAAAAUACAACUUCGGUAUGAAUGAGGAACGGGGAUUAUACAGACAUGGACAAGACAGAGAAGACUUUGCAUUUGCACAGUGUGAUACUUGCUGUAACCAAUUUUGUUAUUGCAGCAAAAAUAAAGUGCCUAGUACAGACGGACCAGGGAUAAAAUUCGCUACAGUUAACACAGGACCUGAUACCACACCUUUCAUACAAGGGGAUGUGUUGCACGUCACGUUGAUAGAGGAUAUUAAUGACAGUAUAUUAAAUUAUACAACUAGAACAGUUAGUGAAAUUGAUGAUGCAGAGCAGACCAGAGUAACACAUGCAGACUGUAAAGGUUACGAAAAUGGAAAUGUUUUCCACGAUGCCAGUGCUACUGACAGUUACGUGUACGAAAAUAAACAACCAUACUAUAAAGAAAUAGAUUCAGAGGUGGAAGUGAUUGAUUAUAGGGUAGAUGGUGGUUCAGAUUUUGAUUAUACACGUAGUUGUGAUCCAGUUGUAAGCCCAGACUACAGUUCGAAUUUGUUCGAAGACACUGGUGGUUCUUGCCUUAAUCACGAUCAAAAGAACGCUGCUAAUUUUCCUGAGCUUGAUAGUGAUUCUAAGCCAGAGUUAUGGAGUGACGAUUCAGGAGGAAUGGAAAAUAAAAGUCAAAUGUGUUAA